CCCUCCUCUGCAGGAGAAGCAGAGACGGGGUCGAGUCGUCUCUCCGCCGCCCGGAGCUCAUCUCCAAACCACCAGAUCCAUCUUUCACCGGGAGAUUGACGCCGUUAACGCGUUUAAUUCCGUGUCUGAUCCUCGGCUUCCUCCUCCUCCUCCUCCUCCUCCUCCUCCUUCUUCUCCUCCUCCUCCUCCUCCUUCAUGCUCACUGUGGACGCGAAGGAAUCACGGAUCCGGACCCGGACGAGAGUUGGAUGGAUUCAGGUUUUGGUGCGUAAAACUUGGUUAGAGGAGGAACCGGAGCUCUUUUGUUUCCCUUUCUCUCUGUUUUUUUUUUUUUUUUUUUGGAGCGAGUUUGUUUGAGAAGCAAAGAAAAGACAAGAACAGAAAAGAGAACAGAAAAGAGUCGAGGAGCGUUUGAUUCAAUGCGUCCGGAGCGACCGCUGAAGCAACAGGAGAAGGACGUAGAGAGAGGAGGGGAGCUGGGCUCGGUCUGCAGGGACCCACCGGCCCCGGGACCGUACAUGACCCCCCCCCAAAAAACCCACGAACCCACAAACCCACCACCAGCACCACCGAGGUUUCUACUUCCUGUGACAUCAUCACACGAUGCCUGAGGGGUCACGGCGUGGCAGCCAGAGAUCGCCCACUAGCUCAGCCUCCAAGCGUCCUUCCUCAGUCUCGUCCCUGAGUGGGAUUGUGGGUAGGAUGAUGUCAUCAGGCGAGAGAGGAGCGUCCUCUUCUUCCUGCACCUCCGUCAACACCGUCUGUUCGGAGGGCGAGCGUCCCGCCUCCCUGUCCCUCUCCUCCUCCGCCUCCUCAGUCUCCCUGCAUGAGGCGUCCUCCUCCUCGUCCUCCUCGUCUUCGUCCUCGCUUCCGUACGGCGCCGUCCCGACCUACAACGCCUCCUCGUCCUCUUCACCGAAAAGGAACGGCUCAGACAUCAGCCUGGACCUCACGCCCCUCGUCACGCCACAUGGAGGAGGAGGAGGAGGAGGAGGUGGAGGAGGAGGAGGGGGUGGGACUUGUGUUGCCAAGGUGGCAGGAAUAAGCCACGCCCAUGAUGGGAAAGGAGCAGAUCCAGUGGUGGCGGCGGCGGCGGCGGCGGCGGCGGCUACACCCAGACAGCUUUCUCGACUGGAGCGAGUGGUUCUGGAGAUCGUGGAGACGGAACAAGCCUACGUCCGAGACCUGAAGAGCAUCGUGGAGGACUACCUGGGCUGUAUCAUUGACUGUGGAGCUCUGCCCCUGAAGCCGGAGCAGGUCAGCACUUUGUUCUGCAACAUCGAGGACAUCUACGAGUUCAACAGUGAUCUCCUGGAGGAUUUAGAGAGGAGUCCUCACGCCGCCGCCAUCGCUUACUGCUUCGUAGAGAGGAGUGAAGCCUUCGACAUCUACACACUUUACUGCAUGAACUACCCAAACUCGGUGGCAGUACUGAGGGACUGCAUGAAGAACCAGAGUCUGGUUCGUUUCUUCCAGGAGAGACAAGCGACUCUGAACCAUUCUUUACCUCUGGAGACGUACCUGCUGAAACCUGUGCAGAGGAUCCUCAAGUACCACCUGCUACUACAGGAACUUUCCAAACACUUCGAUAAGAGCGAGCCGGGAUACGAGGUGGUGGAGGACGCCAUCAUCACCAUGACAGCGGUCGCAUGGUACAUCAACGACAUGAAGAGGAAGCAGGAGCACGCCGUACGUCUGCAGGAGAUCGAGUCCUUGCUGGUGAACUGGAGCGGUCCAGACCUCCGAGGCUUCGGGGAACUGGUCCUGGAAGGUUCCUUCAAGGUCCAGCGGGUGAAGAAGGAGAGGGCGUUCUUCCUGUUCGAUAAGAUGCUGCUGAUCUCCAAGAAGAGGCUGGAUCACUUCGUCUACAGCACGCACAUAUUCUGUUGUAAUCUGCUGCUGGUGGAGACUCUGAAGGAUCCUCUUUGCUUCAGGGUGUCAGACCAGACCAUCCCCAAACAGCAGCACGUGGUCCAGACCAAGAACCAGGAGGAGAAGAGACUGUGGGUUCACUACCUCAAGAGACUGAUAGUAGAAAACCAUCCAGCAUCACUGCCCCAGAAGGCGAGACAGGUCCUGGGAGACACCUUCUGUCAGACUCCUCACAUGGAGCAGGAUGGUCUGAAGAAGUCGUCAGCGUCACCGCGACCGGACGAUGUCCACGGUUACCACAGAGGGCGCCGUCAGUCAGAGCCUCCAGAGCUGCUGCUGUACACCCCCGAGAAAUCCAGGAAGGGUUUACCGCUGCUGCUGGAGGGAAAUCUACCGUACCGACGCACUAGGAGGCAGUCAGCUCCGGCUAAAGACAUUGAAGCAGCGUUUCAUCCCAACGCUUUGAAGCAGGCAGGAAGUGAAGGAGAGUUGUGUCACGCUGAAAGUCUGGGCUCAGCAGGAAGCAGCAGCACGUUGGCGUCCUCCGUCAUCGAGGUGGAGCCUGAGAGGGACGAAGCUACGCCACAGCUCCAGACCAACCAGGAGGAGGAGGAAGAGGAAGAGGAGGAGUUGACCCCCCUCAGCGCUCCGCCCACUCUGUCCAUCACUGAAGAGAUCCUGGAGUUCAUCAACCAGAGCAGAGCCAGGGAGGGACUCGCCGCCAUUCACACCGGAACAACGGAGGAGGCCGAGGAUCAGCCCAAGGAGCCUCCAUGUAACCAGACCAACUUCACCUGCCCACUGCCCCCCAUCGCCUCCAGCCCAGAACACUCAUCACCCACAUCACCCACAAUGCACCAAGAACCGGAAGAAACAGAGACAGAUAACGACGGCACCCUCCAAUACGAGACCGGUGAAAAUGACACAAGUGACGUCCAACAACCUCCAACGAGUCAAGAGGUGGACGAACGGGUGGAGGAGUCUGGAGAGACGCACGAAGUGGAAGAAAAAGAUAAAGAGGAGAGAGCAAGUGACGAUGAAGUUGGAAGAAGUAGCAUCCCAACGACAGAUCUUCAUCCCCCUGUUUCAACAGAGGAGGAGGAGGUAAAGACCGAGGUCUCUGCUUCCUCAACAGAAGUUCUUCAUCCCUCCAUCCAGAGUCGCCGGCUUCCCACUAGAGGAUCUCACCUCACCAAGCGAGACAAGAAGAUCAUCGAGAAGAUCAGGAGCUACUAUGAGGCAGCCGCCGAGGCCGAGGAGGGCGAGGAAGACGAGGAGGAGGAGGAGGAACUGAAAGAAGGAGGGGCGUCUAGAAGGAGGAACAGUUUCUCUAACAUCCCCUCGGGUUUGGUGAAGGAGUCGGUGUCGCUCUUUGACGUUGGUGGACACCAGGGGGAGCCAGAGACCGGCAGAUCCAAGUAUGAAGUGGAUGAGUCCUCCUCCCCCAUUGGUCCCUGCACAUCUACAACUGCAGAUGAACCAGUGAUUGAGGAAGGAGGUCCGAUUAAAUCUUCUAAUGAGACUCAGAACCAAGGUUAUCUAGAUCUGCACCAAAACAGUGCUGCUGGAGGAGAGACGGAGGUUCGGGAUCAGAAUGUAAAAAUCUCCAAAGAGUCGAUAGAGGAGGAAGUGGAGGAAACACAGGAAAGACCAGUGAGUUUAAUGGCUGCAGGGGAGCAGAGUGGAGAUUCAGUGGAAGGAGAUGAAAUGAUCAAAUCCAAUGCUGAAGAGUUUGUUAACUCUGAACAAGUCGACCCAGAGGAACCAAGUCCCAGAGAAGCGUUGACAACAUCACUAUCUGCAGAACAAAAAACUGAGGCUAAAACUCAGGCCACUUUAGCUAAAGCCAAAAACAAAGACCUUGCUAAGUCUGGCGGGAACAUGGAGGGCCUUCCCAGUCAGACAAGAGUGGGCCGGUGGUCCCGCCACUCCAGGAUCGUCGCCGCUAACCGAGCCUUGUUCGAGGGCAUGGGGUCGGAUGUGGCUCGUAUUGGGCUGUUUGAGACCAGCCCCGUGGUGGACCCAGCGCUGAUGGAAAACUCAGAGCGGAUUCUGAGCAAGGUCCAAACAUUGGCCCGGAUGUACAGUGCCAAAGCUAGCACCAUGAAAGUCCCGCUGCAUCACAAACGAGGCAGCACCGUGAGAACCCAGUCGUGGGUAUCGGCUCGACUUUCCGGGCCUUCUACUCAAGCUCAGAAUCAAACGCAGAACCCAGCCGAGCCGCAAACACAAGGACAAAUAGAAACCGCCUCAACAGAGACGGAGCAUGGGACUCAAACUAACUCUGAGACCAAAGCAGAGAGUCAAACCAGAACACAAAGUAGGCAGCAGACCCAGACCAGGACUCCAUGCCAGUACCAGAAACAAACCAUGAGCCAGGAUGCCUCAUGGUUUGGAAGAGACCAGGAAGACGGGUUGAUAAAGAGAGCAGAUAGUCUGACAGACGAUGUCCAGGAGAAAGCGACGGCGCCCUGUGAGCCUCAGCUGUUUGGUCAUGUGCUCGUCAGAGAACAGCAGAACCCGGCCACUCACCAGACCAACGGGCUCGUUACCCUCUCCAGACCCAGGGACUUUAUCUCAGCUUUAACCAAAGAAAAGGACUCAGAUCUGGGCUGUGGUUCUGGUGCAAACACCCAAACAUCCGCCACACAUGGGGAAAAUCCACCCCCGCCGCCUUCUGGGCUCAUCUUAGCCUCGGCUUCGACACCGUCCACAUCUCAGAACCUCGGAACUGAACGUGAAGGUCAGAGCUCCGGUACCUGGACGCCGACCGUGGCUUUGGACUGUGGAGUGACGGAGUUAAGGGAAGGAGGUGAAGUCCUGAAUCAAGAGAAGGAUGUAGACAGCUCGGAGCAGUAUGGAUCUGUUAAUUCAGUCAGAGAAGACCCUACAUCUGUAAACAUCAUUAACCAACCAGACCAGCCUGGGUCAAGCCUCCCUGCUCACAGCAAGCCACAGUGGAAAAAUUCCAGAGAUGGAGACGAGUCUAACAUGCAAGAUGCAGAUGUACCAGAGUACAACGCUUCUACAGGGCAUGAUGAAAACCAGGAUUCAUCAACCAAACAUAAGAAGGAUGUCUGUACAGGGCCAGAAACCACUGGUGCAGAAUCUGCUCAGAGCCAGGCUCCAGUAAAUCACCACAGCUCCACGGUGCUUCACCCUGGACUUGCUGGAGACCAGGUCCAGAACGAGGCCCUUCACCCGGAAGAGGGAGGCCCAGGUUCACCUGGAACAUCUGGGAACCCAAAAGAAUACAAGGCUAGAUCUGAUCUGAGCAAUUCCUCAAGGUUCAAAACGGUUGUCCAAGGUUCUGCCGUGAUUUUUACAGAAAACACAUCAAACCACGGAUCCUCAGAAGAAGUUGUUGCUGCACCAGCUUGUGCCCAACCACUCUCAACCCCUGCAGACCACCUCCUGGCAUUCACCACCCAGAGACCUCCAGAUCUACCCACUGCUCAGGGCAAACAGGCCCCGACUGGUUCCUGGAAUGUCAAUAUUAAAAAUGAAUAUCAACACAGAGAAGCAGACGAGCCCGGCUCAGCCCCCCCCACCACGCUGCUCGUCUCCAAGUCAUCUGUUCCGGUGGAGAGGGGUAACCCAAACGUUUCCAGCCCUGACAAGGACACAGACUUCCCCUCGGCCUUCAGACCAAGCCUCAGACAACGCUCCCCUUCUCCUUUUAGACCUCCUCCGUCCUCGAUUUCCUCGUCUGCCGUCCGAGCCCCUCCCUGCUCCUCCCCUUUCAGGGUCAUCCAAGGACCUUCUCCCACCCCCGUGUCACCAGGAGGCCUCAUCUCCCCAAAUGCUCUUUCCUGUUUGUCCCCUACUCCAUCCUCUGGCAUGGUUUCCUCAAUAAGAUCCCCACCUGCCUCCCAGACAUCACCCUCCCUCGGCUCUCGGCCUUGUUCUUCCCCCUCUGCGUUCACCAGAUCCCUAGCUGCCUCCUGUAUCAGCCAAUCCAUAAGUCAGAGCAUGGCGAAAAGUCAAAGCCCGCCUUCCUCUCACCUACGACAGCGCUCGCCUUCUCCUAAACCUCAACCUCCCAGCCAGCAAAGCACUUGGACGCCUGCUUAUACCCAGUUAGGGUGCACCAAGGAUGGGUACCAACCUCCACGAUGUCCACCCACUCUUUCCCAACGCUGUCCUCCGUCUCCAUCCAUGAAUCUUACCCAUCGUCAGCCUCUCAGCUCUACUUCCUCAUCCCCCCGUCCCUCAUUCCUUCACUCCAAGUCAGAUUCAUCGCCGAAUGCAAACAACAAUAACAACAGGAUGGCUGGUGUAUCUGUCGCCACCAGCAGCUGCAGCAGCGCUGCCAGUAAUGGUGGAUGGGCGGGAGUUCCACAGAAGGCGCGAACACCCACCCGUCAAACCCCUGAUCCUCUCUGGUCGGGAUCACACAACCGUGUAGCUCGGCCUUUUUCCGCCUCUGAACCCAGCUCACGGGUUCAGUCGCCGUCUCCCUCCCCGACACCGGCAUCGUUUACUCGCAUCUGCUCGCCACCGCCGCAGCAUAACUACUCCUCCCCGAUGGCGAACAAGCCUCCCAACCCCAGGAGCGCACGGGUCGGAGGGGCAGUUUCUCAUAACCCCCUGGGCCUCACUCUGGAGAUGCCCAGGGCCUCCUCGGCGAGUUUCGGCAACUCAUCCUCGUUUCUGAGCCCUCAGAUCCUCUCCCCGCCCCCCAUCGGUGUGUCAGUGAAUGUUUGGAUGAAUAACGUUGCCGCCCCUCAGCCUAGAAAUCCUAGAUAUGUUUCCUCCUCUCCUUUUUCUUCAUUAGACUCACCAACACGGGAAAGUGUGUCUUUCCCUACUUCUUCGUCCUCUUCCUCUUUUGUGCCACGGAGCAGUUCCAGAGCCGCCUCCCCAUCUGGACCCUCCCAAAGCCUUCGAAGGUCUUUCUCCUCCAGCCUGGCUGACAGACCCGUGAGUCCGACCCGAACCAACGCUGGUGGACUCCGUCGAUCCUGGGCGGACGGCAGCCGAAGGUCUCUUGGUUAUAGUGGUGGAAGUAGUCAAGGGUCCUUCGACCAGCAGGAGUCUUGUCCCAUCAGUCCGAGAAGUGGAUGGUCCUCGUAUAGCAGCUCCCCCUCCUGCCUCAGCCCUCGUGCCGGGCUGCAGUCCCCGCUCAGCCCGGGUAAGGCUGCCUCGGGUGGGCAGCAUUUCACCAGCGUGCCCUGGCCGGAUGUACGGGAGCUUUCAAACAAAUACAAUGGGACUGAGUACCCCGAUGUGAGCGCUUCAUCAACCACCGUUGGCUUUUCUUCACCCCCAAUGUCCUCACUUACCCUCCUCACCUCCCCUGUCCCACCAGACACCCAGACCGAGUGGGGAGACCCUGAGCUAGAGGAGGGCAGUUGUCGUAGCCAGCUGAUCUGUGCUUACGUUGCCCGGCCAUCCCGUGAACAAAACCUCCCCUCCUCAUGCCUUGUUCUCUCCCCAGACAUGACCUCCCCUCCGCCGGCCGCCUACCACCAACAUAACCACCCAUCUCAGCUCAGACAGCCGCCUCAGGUCCAAGGCGCCUCCACGACGCCUCCUACGUCCUCAAGGUCACCACCACCACCACCACCGCCCUUUUCCCACUCGUCCCCAUCCAAGCAGGGGAACCAGAAGGCCAGUUACGCCACCACAGUAAACCUCCAGAUCGCAGGAAGUGGCCGAAUAACCUCCUUCAGCACCGCCCAGGUUAGCAUGACCCAAACCCUGCACGGUGGAGCUGGAGCUGGAGGACCCGGGCAGGGGCCGGGGGCGAGGAGAGUGAGCAUCAACGGACUUUCACACCUUCCUUCACCUCUUCCUCAGAACUGCAACAGGUCGUGAAGGAAAGUCUUUCAUGCGAGAGGUGUUGCUAGAAAACACCAGUGAGACACAAAGAAAGCAUGAGACUUUUCAAACACCAGACAAACAUGGAAAACCGUGGCUCACUUGGGAAUUAGUUUCUCGUCCAAGGGACUCAAUUUUAAGACACUUUCUUGGGAAAAUAACUUCAAGGUCCAAGCAUUAAACCAAAAGCCCUUCAAGAAGCCAACCAGCACGGGGCUGGAAAGUCAUUAACUUGGAAAAGAUGCCAGUGUUGUAAAAAAAAAAAAAAAAAUGUAUGACUUUACUGAACCCCUGAAUGUCCAAAGCUGGAUAAGAUGAACUGUAAAGGACUUCAGAUAUAUAUUUUAAGAGCAUAUUUUAAAUGUUUUAUGAGCUGCAAGACGAACCCCAUCCUGCAGACACAGACAUGUUGGAAGCCAAACCAUGCUGUAUGCAAUCCCAGUUACACUUAACAAAUUAUUAUUCUGAGCGUUGGUGUCUGGCUGUCUGAGGCCAGUGAUAACUUUUAAUCAUUUUUCUUAUUCUUUUUUUUUAUUAUUAUUUUAUUGUUUAUUUAUGAAGUUAGUCUUAUUCUCUUUGGCACUUAAUAUCCUUAAAAUAAUGUCGGUAUUUUGCACAGUGUCCUCAGCUCUUGGGUGCAUUGAGAAUGUGUGUGUUCGUGUGUUUGUGUUUCUUUGAAAUGACGUGUCUGAUGAGUUUGUUUGACUUCAGACCAAGACGACGUGUCUGUGUUGUUUACUAGGUUCAGUGACCCAGCGUCCUCCUCCACAAACCCUUUUUUUUCCAGUCAGUGGUGGGAAGUUGAGGCUAACACUGAUGCAGUGCAACAUUUAAAAAGUUGUGUUUCCCAUUAAAAGGCAGAGCUGCUUAAAUGUGUUUGCCCCCUAGAGAAUUUUAUACAUUUCUUCAAAAGCAAAAACAGAAAAAUCUAAACAUUCGGGAAGUCGACAUAGAACCAAUGAAUGACAUGAUGCACAAAUAUUAUACUGGUGUAUUUGUAUAUUCAUUAAAAUGGUCCAAUGUUC